GCUAGGAUAUCAGAGGAGUCCUUGACAGGAAGACAAAACAGGUACACUAUAGUUUGCUUUUCAUUCUAUAGUAAGAUAGGGAGGAAAGCAUAUAUGAGAAAUGAUUAUUCUGCGUAGCUGAAGUGGAUCUUCAUGGUAGAUAUUUUGGAUAUUUCCAUAUCUACAUAUUAUUUUGCUUGCAUUUUCUUCUGUAUUAUGACCCAGCGAGGACGUGCCUGUCAGAUUUAAAGCCACAAAAAUGAAGGAUCCUAUUUACUUGAAAAAGGUCACUUCUCUACAGGAGGACACUGACAAAGAAUAUUGCCAUACAACACCAGACGAGAGAAGAAGCAGAGAAUGAAAAAGGAGAUGGAAAGAAAAAAGAAAAGUUCUUGGAUGUUGGAUUCUUUCAACUGUUUCGAUUUGCAACAUGGAAGGACACACUGAUGAUGGUAGUGGGGGGCUUAUGUGCACUAGUCCACGGGGCAGCCUCCCCUCUCAUGCUCUUGGUGUAUGGCAUGAUGACAAACACCUUUGUGGCAUACGAGCUAGAGGUCCAAGAACUGGCAGACCCCAACAAAACCUGCAUUAACAACACCAUCACCUGGAUCAAUGGCUCCAUAUUUGAAAUAGCAGAGAACACAACGGUCUUCUGUGGGGUGGAUAUCGAAGCACAGAUGACCAUGUUUGCAUAUUACUAUGUUGGUAUUGGAUUAGGAGUCUUGAUUGUUAGUUAUUUCCAAAUUGCCCUCUGGGUGUCUGCUGCUGCCAGACAGAUCCAGAGAAUCAGGAAGACUUACUUUAGGAAAGUGAUGCGAAUGGAGAUUGGCUGGUUUGACUGCAAUUCAGUUGGAGAAUUAAACACCAGGAUAUCAGACGACAUCAACAAGAUCAACAAUGCGAUAGCUGACCAGGUGUCUAUCUUCAUCGAGAGGAUCUCCACUUUCAUCUUCGGCUUCAUGGUAGGGUUCAUCGGAGGAUGGAAGUUGACCCUGGUGGUCAUCGCAGUAAGCCCACUAAUAGGACUUGCUGCUGGACUAAUGGCCAUGGCUGUUGCCAGACUGACAGGUCGGGAGCUCCAGGCUUAUGCCAAGGCAGGGUCAGUAGCUGAUGAGGUACUGUCAUCCAUCAGAACAGUGGCAGCCUUUGGAGGGGAGGACAAGGAGGUUGAAAGGUAUGACAAAAACCUUAUUGAGGCUCAGAACUGGGGUGUGAAAAAGGGGACGAUCAUUGGAGUGUUUCAAGGAUACCUGUGGUGUAUCAUCUUCCUCUGCUAUGCUUUGGCAUUCUGGUAUGGCUCAAAACUGGUCAUCGAAACCAAAGAGCUAUCCCCUGGUACUCUUAUCCAGGUAUUCUUUGGAGUUCUCAUGGCAGCUAUGAACCUGGGUCAGGCCUCACCAUGCCUGGAAGCCUUUGCCUCAGGUCGAGCUGCAGCCAAGACCAUCUUCGAUACCAUUGACCGGGAGCCAGAAAUCGAUUGUUUCUCAGAGGAGGGCCACAAACUAGACAAGGUCAAGGGUGACAUUGAAUUCCACAACGUCACAUUCAACUACCCCUCUAGGCCAGAUGUGAAGAUUUUAGAUUCUUUGAGCAUGCUGAUCAGAGCAGGAGAAACCACAGCUUUUGUUGGGCCAAGCGGAUCAGGGAAGAGCACCACAGUUCAACUCUUUCAGAGAUUCUACAACCCCAAGGAAGGAAUGUUGACUUUGGAUGGCCAUGACAUCCGCAGCCUGAACAUCCAGUGGCUUCGCUCUCUGAUUGGUAUAGUAGAGCAAGAGCCGGUGCUGUUCGCCACAACUAUCGCUGACAACAUCCGCUACGGGCGACCUGGGGUCACCAUGGACGACAUCAUCCAGGCCACCAAGGAGGCUAACGCCUAUAACUUUAUCAUGGACCUCCCACAGAGGUUUGAUACGCUGGUGGGUGAGGGUGGCGGUCAGAUGAGUGGAGGACAGAAGCAGAGGAUCGCUAUUGCCCGAGCUCUGAUCCGCAACCCCAGGAUCCUGCUGCUGGACAUGGCUACCUCGGCUCUGGACAACGAGAGUGAGGCCAUUGUACAAGAGGCACUUGACAAGGCUCGGAUGGGCAGGACAACCAUUACCAUCGCCCACCGCCUCUCCACUAUCCGCAACGCUGACGUCAUUAUUGGCUUUGAGCAUGGAAGGGCAGUGGAAAGCGGUACACACAAUGAUCUUGUAGAAAAGGAGGGGGUCUACUUUACUCUCGUUACCCUUCAGAACCAAGGAAAUGACAUGCCCAGUGACAAAACAAACAAAGGUCCGGACAAUGAAACCAUUGAGGAAGAAAUCCAGAGUUUCAGUCGAAGAAGCUAUGAAUCUGGGUUGAGGCAAUCUCUUCGCCUGCGAUCUCACACCCAGCUAUCAAACGAACUCAUCCCCGAUGCCAUAACUGGCAGUAUCAGAAUUAAAUCAGACAAAUUCCUUGCCAUAAUGGAAAACAAGAUGGAACCUCAAAGGUCAAAGCAUUCCAAGGAGGAAGCAGAGGAACGUGUGGAGCCAGCACCUGUGGCUCGAAUCCUGAAGUACAACAAGUCAGAGUGGCCCUACAUGCUAUUGGGAUCUAUAGGAGCUGCCAUCAACGGCUCCGUCAAUCCAAUCUAUGCUAUCUUAUUCAGCCAGAUCCUUGGGACGUUCUCUAUACGUGACUUGGAUGAACAGAGAGCACAGAUCAAUGGAAUAUGUAUCCUGUUCUGCGCUGUGGCGGUGACAAGUUUCUUCUCUCAGUUCUUACAGGGCUAUGCAUUUGGGAAGUCUGGGGAGCUCCUGACCCGCAGGCUAAGGAAGGUGGGCUUCCAGGCCAUGUUGAAACAGGAGGUAGGCUGGUUUGAUGACCCCAGGAACAGCCCUGGAGCUCUCACCACCAGGCUGGCCACCGACGCCUCCAUGGUCCAGGGGGCAACUGGAUCGCAGAUUGGGAUGAUUGUGAACUCCUUGACCAACAUCGGAGCGUCUUUCAUCAUUGCGUUCUCCUUUAGCUGGAAGUUAAGCUUGGUAGUGAUAUGCUUUUUACCACUUAUUGGCUUGUCUGGGGUCUUCCAAGCCAAAAUGCUGACAGGUUUCGCAAACGAGGAUAAGAAGGCAAUGGAAGCAGCAGGACAGGUGUCCAGCGAGGCUCUAGCCAACAUCAGGACCAUCGCAGGGCUGUGCAAGGAGAGCACAUUUGUGGAUACAUAUGAACAGCAGCUGGAGGCUCCGUAUAAGUCUGCCAAGAAGAAGGCAAACAUCUACGGCAUCUGUUUUGCCUUUGCUCAGUGUGUUAUCUUUAUGGCGUACGCCGCCUCCUUUAGAUAUGGAGGCUAUCUGGUCAGCUCUGAAAGAUUACAUUACCUGGUGGUCUUCAGAGUGAUCUCUGCCAUUGUGAUCAGUGGGACGGCACUGGGAAAAGCUUCCUCAUUCACCCCAGAUUAUGCCAAAGCCAAGAUUGCAGCUGCCCAGUUCUUUAAACUGUUGGACCGAGUCCCCAAAAUCAGCAUGAGUCAGAUAGACGGGGAGAAAUGGGAUGAUUUCAAAGGGGAGUUAGAAUUCAUCGACUGCAAGUUCACAUACCCAACCCGGCCUGACAUCCAGGUGCUAAAAGGACUACUGGUGUCUGUGAAACCGGGCCAGACCCUGGCCUUUGUGGGCUGUAGUGGCUGUGGGAAGAGCACUAGUGUGCAGCUGUUGGAGAGGUUCUAUGAUCCAGAUGAGGGCAGAGUGUUGAUCGAUGGCCGUCCAUCACACACUGUCAACGUGCCCUUCCUGAGGGCUCAGAUUGGCAUCGUCUCCCAAGAGCCAGUGCUGUUUGACUGCAGUAUUGCUGAAAACAUACAGUAUGGUGAUAACACCAGGAACAUGAGCAUGGAGGAGAUUGUUGAUGCUGCAAAGAAGGCUUAUCUCCAUGACUUUGUGAUGACACUGCCAGAUAAAUAUGAGACUCAGGUUGGCGCCCAGGGCUCCCAGCUCUCCAGAGGGCAAAAACAACGCAUCGCCAUCGCUCGGGCAAUAAUCAGGAACCCUAAGAUCCUGCUUCUGGAUGAGGCCACCUCUGCAUUGGACACAGAGAGUGAAAAGACAGUGCAGGCGGCUUUGGAUGAGGCCAGACGUGGACGCACCUGUAUUGUCAUUGCCCACAGACUGUCUACCAUCCAGACGGCAGAUAUCAUAGCCGUCAUGUCCCAAGGUGCUGUCAUAGAGAGGGGGACACAUGAGGAACUCAUGGCUAAGAGGGCUGCCUACUACAAACUAGUCACAACAGGGGCUCCGAUCAGCUAAACCAGAGUAGAUGUAAAUGUUCUAUAGAGGGGAUGCUUGAUGAGGAAAUGGAGUUUGUCACUAACCAAAGUACAUAAAUGUGACAUUUUUGAAAGAGUAACUAUGGGGGAAAAAAACAUAAAAGUCCAUGGGGGGCAAAGGCUAUAUUUGCUUGAUAUACUAUUUAUUACCUUAAUGUCUCUUGAGGUUUUUAAAUAUAUUAUACACUGAGUGUACAAAACAUUAGGAACACCUGCUCUUUCCAUGUCGUAGACUGACCAGGUGAAUCCAGGUGAAAGCUAUAAUCCUUUAUUGAUGUCACCUGUUAAAUCCACUUCAAUCAGUGUAGAUGAAGGGGAGGAGACAGGUUAAAGAAUAAUUGUUAAGCCUUUAGACAAUUGAGACAUGGAUUGUGUAUGUGUGCCAUUAAGAGGGUGGAAGGGCAUAAUGUUUUAUACACUCAUUGUAUAUGGCCAUAGAGAUCAAUUGGGUUUUAUUUUUGCAAAACAGAUGGAACCUUUAAAGUAAUUUGUUCAAGUAAUUUGUAGUCCAAUGUAUGCUUUUUCUCAAGAAGGUUACAAUUAUUGAUAUGAAUCAUAUCAUCUGUCACAGAUUUAAAUAUUUAUUUUCAUUCAUUUGUUUACAGAAAAAGAUAUUUCCUUUUAUUAACCUUUGACAGACUGAAUGUUUAGUGUUUGGUGCUUGAUCUCUUGUCAAAUAGGAAAAUCCAUGUCAUAACGGAUGAAUCAUUUUAUUUCGUUCAUACAGAUACAUUAUUAGUUUCAAAUUGCAGUCCUUUGAAAGGAGAGCUACGUACGCUGGGAAACGUAACUUGUGUUGUCCUUGAGAAAGUGAUAGUGUAAUGCUGAUAGCGUGUACUGCAACCCUAAAUGACCGAUAACAUCCGGCAAUGUUUUUUUUCCUGUUGCCCUUUGUUGCAUCUCAUUUAUUUCUGUCCUUUUCCUUGAUGAAAAAAAAGACAUUGAACCAUCUACUUGAUGGAUAUCUAAUGGAAUAUAUGAAGGAUGAAUUGUAUGUAUAAGGUACAAUUCUCUGGAGACUAAAUUCUCUCUGAAACAUUUCUUAUGUGACCUCUGGAUGAAGCUGUAGUUUACCAUUAAUCUGCAGUCUUGAAAUGCCGAAUACAAUUGUGUACUAAGCGCUGACACACCCUUCACAAA